AUGUCCAUAGCCCUGAAGCAGGUGUUCAACAAGGACAAGACCUUUAGGCCUAAGAGGAAAUUUGAACCUGGCACACAGAGGUUUGAGCUCCACAAACGGGCUCAGGCGUCCCUCAACUCAGGCGUGGACCUAAAGGCAGCAGUACAGCUGCCCAGUGGGGAAGAUCAGAAUGACUGGGUGGCUGUACAUGUAGUGGACUUCUUCAAUCGGAUCAACCUCAUCUACGGCACCAUCUGUGAGUUCUGCACUGAGCGGACCUGCCCUGUGAUGUCAGGAGGGCCUAAAUAUGAGUAUCGGUGGCAGGAUGACCUCAAGUAUAAGAAGCCAACUGCACUGCCAGCUCCCCAGUACAUGAACCUUCUUAUGGAUUGGAUUGAGGUCCAGAUCAACAAUGAGGACAUAUUUCCAACAUGUGUGGGUGUUCCUUUCCCGAAGAACUUCCUUCAAAUCUGCAAGAAGAUCCUGUGCCGCCUUUUUCGGGUCUUUGUCCAUGUCUACAUCCACCACUUCGACCGAGUCAUUGUGAUGGGUGCAGAGGCCCACGUCAACACCUGCUACAAACACUUCUAUUACUUCGUCACGGAGAUGAACCUCAUAGACCGCAAGGAGCUGGAGCCCUUGAGACCAGAGACCCCUGAAGACCCCAUCACCUUUUGUAAUGUGUCCUAUUUUAAUGUGGAUUCCCUUGUCACAGCUAUUUCUAGUUGA